UUCUUUUUCCAUAUAUACAUCCACAAACACACAUGGAAUGAUGGGAUGUAAUAUUGGUUCAUUAAUAAACGAAACAAGUAGUAAUCAAAAUAAACAACAAAAUAGUGAUAGUAUUGAAAUAAAAAGAAACGAUUCAAAACAAUCAAUAUUAACAAUAUAUUCAUCAACAAUGCCACCAAUAACAACAAAUUCGAUUACAAAGAAAAAACAACAACAAAUAAUAAAAUUACAACCGAAAUCAUUAAGAAAAUUAAGUGGUAAAAAACAACAACAACAACAACAACAACCAAAACAACGAUCAUCAUCAAAAUCAUUAACAAUAUUAAAAUUACCAAUUUGUUUAUUAACAUUAAAAGAACGUACACAAUUAUGUAAUGGUUUUGUACCAAUACAAUCAUCAACAAAAUUAUUAUUAAGUGCACCAUUUUCAAAUUUUAAUCAAUAUACAAGACGUUUAUUUUUAACCGGUUUUGCCGGUAUUAUACCUGAAAAUCUUAAUCAAUAUCGUAUUGGUUAUAUUAUUAUUUUAGCAAAAGAAAUGCAAUCAAUCAUACCCAUAACUAAAGAUCGUUCAACAAUUUCAGCUGAAAUGCAUAAAUUUUUGAUACCGGAAAAUCUAACAGCAUCAAUACACCCGUUAUUUCAUACAAUAGUCGAUCUGAUUGAUGGAAAAAUUCGUGAAAAUAGUGAUAAAAAUGUUGUUGUUUGUUGUACAAGCGGUAUGAGUCGUUCGGCAACAAUUGUAUUAGCAUAUGCAAUAAAACAUUUAGGUGUUACAUUACGUUUAUCAUUUCAUCAAUUACAACAAUCCCGACAAUGUGCACGACCAAAUUUAAAUUAUUUUCAACAAUUGAUUGAAUAUGAAUUUGAAUGUUUAGGUAAAAAUAGUGUACAAAUGAUUGAUUUAGAUCAAUUAUCUAGACAACAGUUGACUAUUUUUUCAAAAGAAAAAAUAAAUAGUGGUGGUAGUGGUAGUAAAGGCGGUAGAAAUAGUCGAGAUAAUGUUUCAUUAGAAAAAUAUAAACAACAACAAUAA